AUCAGGUACAGCAGUCUUUCCGUGGAGUUACUUUUACGGAAACGAACUCGAAGCCCACUACGGAGUAUUUAGGAGGCAUAUCAUGCUUCGGUGAAACGAGCAGCACCUGGAAGAUCAAACCCAGUUACCCAAGCGCCCGUCGGAUUUUACCGAGUAGUUGAAUCAAAAGAGCUCACUAUCUGGUCGAAUAGACGAUAUCGGAGGCGCUGAGGACGAUUUGACCAAUGCCUCCAAUUCCGGAAAGCCACGGUAUCAGCACAUUGACGAAUCCUCGAGUGAUAUGUUACUAUCAAACCUAUUAUCCUAACAAUGGGACCGACUACAUUUCUACCCUCCCGCUUCUGACGAAUGACUGUGGGGUAUCGCACAUUAUUCUUGCCGCAAUUCAUAUCAAUGAUGAACCCGGAAAUAUUACACUCAACGACCAUUCCCCAGACGAUCCCCGGUACGUGCCGUUGUGGGCAGAGAUGCGCGUGAUGCAGGCGAGUGGGACCAAGGUGAUGGGGAUGCUUGGGGGUGCCGCCAAAGGCAGUUAUCAGAGGCUUGAUGGAAGCGUGGCAGAUUUUGAAGCGUUCUACUGCCCGCUCCGUGAUAUGAUACGAACGCGGAAUUUGAAUGGCCUGGACCUCGACGUAGAGGAGGAUAUGUCCCUCGACGGCAUUAUUCGCCUGAUUGAUCGCCUCAAAUCGGAUUUUGGAGAUGAGUUUAUCAUCACCCUAGCUCCCGUGGCCACUGCUAUGGUGCAUGGCCUGAGACAUCUCUCCGGCUUUGAUUAUCGAGCAUUGGAGACUGCCAGGGGCUCAAAAAUAUCUUGGUAUAAUGUGCAGUUCUACAAUGGAUGGGGUCAUAUGCUGCAUCCCAGCGUCUACGAUACCAUCAUACAUCAAGGCUGGGAGGCGGAGAGGAUCGUUAUAGGUCUCUUGACCAAUCCCGCUAACGGGUCUCAGGGCUAUGUUCCAAUGGAAACGAUAAGUUCGGUGUUAGCAAACGUGCUGACAAAGUACCCAUCGUUCGGGGGGGUAUCAGGGUGGGAAUACUUCAACGCAAUGCCGGGGGGCAUCUCUCGCCCAUGGGAAUGGGCCGCUUCAAUCUCACUGAUAGUGGGAAUGAAGACAGUCCUUGCGUGUGCGACUUCUGCGCUUUACUCGAAGUUAGCCACGGCAUAGAGUUUUAUGAUAAACGGAAGAUAUUCUUAGUAGAAACUAGAACAAGGACGAUAGAUUCGAGUUCUUGA